UUCCGGCAAGGAAAUUAUACGGAGCCGGGUGUCUGCGCUCCACAUCUUUUCCCCUUCCGUAAAUGUUGACCAGCUUGCAGCCGCUGCUAAAGAAGAUUGCACCGCGUGUUUGGUAGUAGUAGAGAGGAUGUACGCGUACCCAGGAGUAAGUACUACUGGGUUCCAAUCUUUUCAUAGGGAUUCUCACUAUGGCCAAAGACGGGGAGGAAAGAGAGAAGCUACUGAAGAGGGUCCAGGAGCUGGAAGAGACUGUGCAAAGGCUGGAAGCAAAGCUCUGGGAGAGCAAAGAACCCAUACACACUGGAAUGAACCUUCCAGCAUCAGGAAAACCUAAGAAACGUCUGCAGCGGCCAUUUGAUUUUAGUGCCUAUGACCAGAGACAUGUAGCACUUAAGAUAGCCUACCUGGGCUGGGGAUACCAAGGCUUUGCCAGCCAGGAGAAUACCAACAAUACUAUUGAACAAAAACUGUUUGAAGCUCUUGGCAAAACCCGGUUAGUAGAAAGUAGACAGGCAUCCAACUACCAUCGCUGUGGGCGCACUGACAAGGGAGUCAGCGCCUUUGGACAGGUGAUCUCCCUGGAUCUACGCUCAAACUUUUCAAAGACUAAACCUGAGGAUGCCACAAAAAACAAAGCAACAAAAACUACAGAGGAGAUCCACUACACCCACAUCUUGAAUCAGGUUCUCCCUCCCGAUAUACGGGUACUGGCCUGGGCCCCAGUGGAACCCAGUUUCAGUGCUAGAUUUAGUUGCCUGAAGAGAACCUAUCGCUAUUUUUUCCCUCAAGCCAAUCUGGGUGUAUGUCUCAUGAAUACUGCAGCUCAGAAGUUUGUGGGAACACAUGAUUUUCGUAAUCUGUGCAAGAUGGAUGUAGCCAAUGGUGUGACUAACUUUCAGAGGACAGUUCUUAAAGCAGAGGUACAGCCUGUGGAUAAAGAGGCCACUGAGCAACAAAACCCAUUCCAAAUGUACCAGUUUGAAGUGACAGGCCAGGCAUUCCUCUAUCACCAAGUCCGCUGCAUGAUGGCUAUCCUGUUCCUGAUUGGACAAAGGAUGGAGAAGCCAGAAAUUAUUGAUGAGCUGCUGGAUAUAGAGAAGAACCCUAGAAAACCACAAUACAGCAUGGCAGUGGAAUUUCCUCUGGUUCUUUAUGAUUGUGAAUUUGAAAACAUCCAGUGGAUCUAUGAUCGCAAAGUUCAGGAGUUUAAUGUUACUCACUUUCAGCAGCUUUGGGCUAAUCAUGCUGUUAAAACCCAUAUGCUGUACAGCAUGUUAAAGGGACUAGAUUUUGCCAAGAUACCAACAGAGCCAGAUUCAAGGAACAACACAACAGUUCUCUGGAGAGAAAUAACACCCCCCAUCCACAAUCAAAUCAGUGCUUUAAUUGAAGGUGUGAAAGCUCGCAACUACAAACCAUUAAUGGACCGCCCCAAAUGUGAAGGUUUGGAGUCUCGCAUCAGUCAUUUUGUGCGCAGAGGACGUAUUGAGCAUCCACACAUUAAAAAAGAGAAACACUCUGAAAUGGAAAUAGAUGAGAAGAUGGAACUGAAGAGCAACCAUGGGGAUACUCCAGAAGCAGAGAAUAAAGUUCCAGAACAAGCUGCAAAGAGGCUCUGCAUGAGUACUGAUUGAAGUUUCCAGAUUGUAUCGAGCUAUCUCCAAGCAGACACAAUGCUUGUUUUGACAAGUUUUUUUUAAUAUUAAACUUUUUUCAUUUAAGUAGUAAA